CCUCACGGCAACGUCACCAGUUCAAAUAUCUUUAUUGGUCCCUUUAAAGAGGCCUAUCUUGGAAGCCCUCUUGUAGCUAUACAUGAAGAUGCUGAUGCCUUCUCAAGUGAAGAUGAUGCAUCUACGAAAUAUUCAGCCACAGAUUCUUCUAACUGUUAUAGUAUCAGUAAAAAGAAUAAAGGAUCGCCAAUCAGUGAUAGGUCAAGAACAGAGUCACCCAGAGUGUCUCUUGCCUUAGAAGAGCUGAAUUUAGAUGACCUGAUUAAAGGGGAUUUGGUCGGACCAGAUUCUUCCACUUUCCAACAAUCUGAAAGGUUACAACAUACUUCUUCCUCUUUGCACCACCUUCCUACUACUCAAACUUGCAGCCCAAAACCCUGUGAACCUUUUCAGGAAUUGUUGAUUACACAUCCAGUGUUCGGCCCUUCUUACUCCACCCCUCCUAAACGUAAUGAGGCAUGUUCAUUUAGCCUUUUUGCCGACCUGCCCUUCGAGCCUCCUGAUUUGGAUUCUGAGUCAUCCUGUUCCUUAUCACCCGAAGGCCCCAAUUUUGACAAGAACGUAAAUAUAUUCACAUCACUUUUUCUCAAUUACUGA